GCUUUGGGUAAUGGCAGCGCUGUGAGGACUGAGCGGGGCAACGACCGCGGCCGAGGGCAGGAGCGAGGGAGGCCGGGCGGGGGCCGCUGACUCGGGCCCCGGGCCGCCAGAUUAACACUAAAGCCCCACAAUGUCCUUGAAACCACGAGUAGUUGACUUUGAUGAAACAUGGAACAAACUUCUAACGACGAUUAAAGCUGUUGUUAUGUUGGAUUAUGUUGAAAGAGCAACGUGGAAUGAUCGCUUCUCAGACAUUUAUGCUUUGUGUGUGGCCUAUCCCGAACCUCUUGGAGAGAGACUUUAUACUGAGACUAAAAUUUUUUUGGAAAAUCACGUACGCCAUUUGCACAAGAGAGUUCUGGAAGCUGAAGAACAAGUACUGGUUAUGUAUCACAGAUACUGGGAAGAGUAUAGCAAAGGGGCAGACUAUAUGGACUGUUUAUACAGGUACCUCAACACACAGUUUAUUAAGAAGAACAAAUUGACUGAAGCUGAUCUUCAGUAUGGCUAUGGAGGGGUGGAUAUGAAUGAACCUUUGAUGGAAAUUGGAGAGCUAGCUCUUGAUAUGUGGAGAAAAUUAAUGAUUGAGCCACUGCAGGCCAUCCUUAUUCGGAUGCUCCUCCGAGAAAUAAAAAACCCAAGCACUGCUCCUACAAGGCAAGCUGAAUAUCAACUUAAGCAUUUUUGUUCCAACACAACAGGAAGCCGACAAGAUCUUGAAUUUGAUCGCUGUGGAGAAGACCCAAACCAGAAAGUAAUCCAUGGGGUUAUUAACUCCUUUGUUCAUGUUGAACAGUAUAAGAAAAAAUUCCCCCUAAAGUUUUAUCAGGAAAUUUUUGAGUGUCCUUUUCUGAAUGAAACAGGGGAGUAUUAUAAACAAGAAGCUUCAAAUUUAUUGCAAGAGUCUAAUUGCUCACAGUACAUGGAGAAGGUUUUAGGUAGAUUAAAAGAUGAAGAAAUGCGGUGUCGGAAAUACUUGCAUCCCAGCUCAUAUGUCAAAGUGAUUCAUGAAUGCCAACAGAGGAUGGUAGCUGAUCACUUGCAGUUUCUACAUGCAGAAUGUCACAAUAUUAUCAGACAAGAGAAAAGAAGUGACAUGGCAAAUAUGUAUACUCUGCUUCGUGCUGUGUCAAGUGGUUUACCUCAUAUGAUUCAGGAACUACAAAACCAUAUCCAUGAUGAGGGCCUUAGAGCAACCAGCAAUCUUUCUCAGGAAAAUAUGCCAACUCAGUUUGUGGAGUCAGUUUUGGAAGUACAUAGUAAAUUUGUUCUACUCAUCAACACUGUUUUGAAUGGUGAUCAACACUUCAUGAGUGCCCUUGACAAGGCUUUGACAUCAGUAGUUAACUAUAGGGAGCCCAAGUCGAUCUGCAAAGCACCUGAGUUGCUGGCCAAGUACUGUGACAACUUGUUGAAGAAAUCAGCGAAAGGAAUGACAGAGAAUGAAGUAGAAGACAAACUUACAAGUUUCAUUACUGUUUUCAAAUACAUUGAUGACAAAGAUGUAUUCCAAAAGUUCUAUGCCAGAAUGCUGGCAAAAAGAUUAAUUCAUGGUUUGUCUAUGUCUAUGGAUUCUGAAGAAGCCAUGAUAAAUAAACUAAAGCAAGCCUGUGGUUAUGAAUUUACCAGCAAGCUCCAUCGAAUGUAUACGGACAUGAGUGUUAGUGCUGAUCUCAACAAUAAAUUCAACAACUUUAUCAAAAACCAGGACACCAUUAUAGAUUUGGGAAUUAGCUUUCAGAUAUAUGUUCUACAGGCUGGUGCAUGGCCUCUAACUCAGGCUCCUUCUUCUACAUUUGCAAUUCCUCAGGAACUGGAAAAAAGUGUACAGAUGUUUGAAUUAUUUUACAGUCAGCAUUUUAGUGGAAGGAAGCUUACUUGGUUACAUUAUCUUUGUACAGGUGAAGUAAAAAUGAACUAUUUGUACAAACCUUAUGUAGCCAUGGUCACAACAUACCAAAUGGCAGUGCUGCUUGCCUUCAACAACAGUGAGACUGUCAGUUACAAGGAGCUUCAGGACAGCACACAAAUGAAUGAGAAGGAACUGACAAAAACCAUCAAAUCUUUGCUUGAUGUCAAAAUGAUAAACCAUGACUCAGACAAGGAAGACAUAGAGGCAGAGUCUACAUUUUCAUUAAAUAUGAACUUCAGCAGUAAACGAACAAAAUUUAAAAUUACAACAUCAAUGCAGAAAGACACACCACAGGAGAUGGAGCAGACCAGAAGUGCUGUAGAUGAAGACAGAAAAAUGUAUCUCCAAGCUGCUAUAGUCCGUAUCAUGAAAGCACGGAAAGUGUUGCGACAUAAUGCUCUAAUUCAGGAGGUAAGAGAAAGGCCUCCUCUUGAGCUUGAUUCGAUGAAAAUCUUCAGGAGAGUUGGGUAAAACAUCUGACCACAGAACUCUCCUGUGCUGAAACUAAUACCCCAGGGAAAUUAGUGAGGAUUUCCUUGGGGUCUGCCUUGAACUGCAGUACUGGAGCACCAGCUGGGAUCCUUCAAUUUUGUCUUACCACUAAAACAUUAAGUGCUUGC